AUGGAGCAUUCUACGACUGUCGCCUGCUGGGAAAAUUCUAUGUUCUUUGCUAAAUCACGAAGUGGAAAGCAACGAAUAACUGACACGUGUGUCAACAUUUCCUGGCGGUAUCACAUCCAUACUGUCGAUUCGCUAAAGAAUGUCAAGUGUGAAGCGGCUAGCACUGGCCAUCGUGCAGUUUUUAGCGGAGCAAAAACAAUACGGAAAUUUAUUACCCGAUGCUCAGGAAAGUCUUGAGGUUGCUGUGCAAUGUUUAGAAACCGCAUUUGAACUGUCACCUGACGAUGCAGCGUCAUUGAGUGUCUCAAAGUCAUUGCUUGAUAUCUUCCAUGAUGCUGUUGCCUCUGAGGUCUCAAGCAUGCCAGAUGAAGCAUCUGAGGAAAGCAAAGCACAAGCUGAAAAACUGAAAAAUGAAGGAAAUAAUCUAAUGAAAUCAGAGCAGUUUAAUGAAGCCCUUAUGUGUUAUUCAAAAGCUAUUGAACUGGACGGAAGGAAUGCUGUCUAUUAUUGUAACCGGGCUGCAGCGCAUAGUAAACUAAAUCAACACCAGAAUGCCAUCGACGACUGCAAAAAAGCGAUCAAUAUUGAUCCUUUGUAUAGCAAAGCCUACGGUCGAAUGGGUCUGGCCCAUGCCAGUCUAAACCAGCACGGUGAAGCUGUCAGAUGCUAUGAACGAGCUGUCCAGUUGGAGCCAGACAACGAGAGCUACCAGAGUAACCUACAGAUCGCAGAAGAAAAACUUAAGCAAACGGGUGGAGCCGAACGUCUUCCUGGAAUGCCUCCUGGCCUGGGUAUUCCAGGACUUGAUGUGGGAGCUAUGCUUAAUAACCCAGGUUUGAUGUCUAUGGCGCAGCAAAUGCUAAGCAAUCCAAACAUGCAGCAAUUGAUGAAUCAAAUGAUGGCUGGUUCUAGUCAAGGUGGUGGUGGACUGGAAUCCCUGCUUCAAGUGGGGCAGCAACUGGCACAGCAGAUGCAGGCAACCAAUCCUGAACUGGUGGAACAACUAAGGAGGCAAAUGGGUGGACCCGGUGGACCGAAUCCAUUCGAUCCUACCGCUGAUUCGGAGCCAAAGGAUCCCCAGUAAAACUCAGUACAUCUUGUCGAGCCACUGGUGUCCCCCAUUUAUCUAGGUUUUCCUAACUCGGCCCUUUUCACUAUGUUUCAUUUUCGAAUUCAUAAAUUUUUUUUAAUUUUUUUUUAUUUUUUAUUUUUUUUGUCUUUUUUGUCUUUCUGGUUCCUACCUGUCGGUAGUGUCAUCCAUGUGAAACAUACAAUAGUUACGCGUAA